UUUGAGGAGGAAUCCAAGCAGCCCACCAUGACGGAGCAGCAGCGGCAUCAGCUGAAGCACCGUGAGCUUUUCCUCUCCCGGCAGUUUGAAUCCCUGCCAGCCACCCAUAUAAGGGGGAAGUGCAGCGUGACGCUCCUCAACGAGACCGAUAUCCUGGGGCAGUACUUGGAGAAGGAGGACUGCUUCUUCUACUCAUUGGUGUUCGACCCUGUCCAGAAAACGCUUUUGGCAGAUCAGGGGGAGAUCCGGGUGGGCUGCAAAUACCAAGCGGAGAUCCCAGACCGGCUGGCAGAAGGUGAAUCAGACAACCGGAACCAACAAAAAAUGGAGAUGAAAGUAUGGGACCCCGACAACCCCCUGACAGACAGACAGAUCGACCAAUUCUUGGUGGUGGCAAGAGCUGUCGGGACCUUUGCCCGUGCGUUGGAUUGCAGCAGCUCCAUCCGCCAGCCCAGCCUGCACAUGAGUGCUGCUGCUGCAUCCCGAGACAUCACCUUGUUCCACGCCAUGGACACGCUGCAGCGGAACGGUUACGAUCUGGCCAAGGCCAUGUCCACCUUGGUGCCUCAGGGGGGGCCGGUGCUGUGCAGGGAUGAGAUGGAGGAGUGGUCGGCUUCCGAGGCCAUGCUGUUUGAGGAGGCCUUGGAGAAGUAUGGGAAGGAUUUCAAUGACAUCCGGCAGGAUUUUCUGCCCUGGAAGUCUUUAGCCAGCAUUGUGCAGUUCUACUACAUGUGGAAGACCACCGACCGCUACAUCCAGCAGAAGAGGCUGAAGGCAGCGGAAGCAGACAGCAAGCUGAAGCAAGUGUACAUCCCCACCUACACGAAGCCAAACCCCAACCAGAUCAUCUCGGUGGGCUCCAAACCCGGCAUGAACGGCGCCGGCUUCCAGAAGGGGCUGACGUGCGAGAGCUGCCACACCACACAGUCAGCCCAGUGGUACGCCUGGGGCCCCCCCAACAUGCAGUGCCGCCUCUGCGCCUCGUGCUGGAUCUACUGGAAGAAAUAUGGGGGGCUGAAGACCCCCACUCAGCUGGAGGGAGCAGCACGCAGCGCCUCGGAGCCCCACUCCCGAGGUCACCUCUCCCGCCCCGAAGCUCAGAGCCUCUCCCCUUACACCACCAGCGCCAGCAGAGCCAAACUGCUGGCUAAAAACCGGCAGACCUUCCUGCUGCAGACCACCCGACUCACCCGCCUGGCCCGUCGGCUGUGCCGGGACGUCCUGCAGCCGCGCCGCGCUGCCCGCCGCCCCUACGCCCCCAUCAACGCCAACGCCAUCAAAGCAGAGUGUUCCAUCCGCCUGCCCAAGGCUGCCAAGGCGCCGCUGAAGAUUCACCCGCUGGCUCGGCUGCCGCUGGCUGCCAUCGUUAAGGAGCUGGCGGCACAGGCCCCCCUGAAGCCGAAGACGCCGCGGGGCACGAAGACCCCCAUCAACCGGAACCAGCUGAGCCAGAGCCGGGGGCUGGCGGGGCUCGUGGGCAAACGGGGCUACGAGGGGGGGGCCGAGGGCCACCGCCCCCCCCGGGUACGGGUGGGAGCGUCGAGCGUCUCAUUCUCGGCCAACGGGCGCCCCCUUCCGGCGGGGCUGCGCGCCGGUCCUCCACCCGCCAGCAAGCGGCAGAAACUGAACCCCGCCGACGCCCCCAACCCCGUCGUCUUCGUGGCCACCAAGGACACCAGGGCCCUACGGAAGGCGCUGACCCACCUGGAGCUGCGCCGGGCCGCACGCCGCCCCACGCUGACCCUCAAGGUGAAGCCAGGGCUGCCCCUACGGCCGGGGGGGUCCCUGCCGCCCCCCGCACCCCCCCACCCCGCCAGCACCUCAGAGCCCAUCGUCCUCGAGGGGGAAGGUGCUGUGACCGACCGCUUCCGGCGGAAGUUACUGCAAGUGGCGGCGGGGCUUUGGGAUCGGGCUGGGCGUGUGGAUAAAGGGGGAGGAAGUGCUGGAAAGGACCACUUCCGGUGGAAGUUGGCUGCGGGGGUAGAGCUGGGGGGCUUUGGGACCGAGCUCGAGUUUCCGGGGGUAGUAGAAAAGGAACGGACGCGGGCGUGUGUGCGUUGCGGCACUUCCGGCGGAAGUUGA